AUGUUUCCCCCCACAGACCCCAUCAGUGCAGAUACUCACAUUACUGUAGAAGCUCAUGUGGGUUCCACAGCUCUCCUGCCAUGUCGCCUGAGUAAAGUCUUCACCCAAACAUCAGUUAUUCAGUGGCGUGCUGAAAAUAAGGUUGUGUUUGAGAGAAGCUUUAAUGGUGCAAAUGUGAGUGAAGGAUAUGAAGGACGUGUGGACGUUCCUGAAAACGAGCUGCGUAAAGGAAACUGUUCUCUGGUGUUGAAGGACGUCAGAAUCACUGAUCACGCUUUCUACAAAUCCUUUGUGGUGGAACUUGUGGAGGCUACAAACACUGGCAAAGCAACAAAAAUCAACACAGUUCAACUCGAUGUUUUUCAGAGAGUAUCAGCUCAGGUGGGAUCCACAGCAGUGCUGCCAUGUGACUGCAGAAAUAUCUCCAUCCAAACACCUAAUGUUGCGUGGCGUAUUGGUAAUAUGACUGUGUUUAAGCGAGUGGGUAAUGACACAUCUUAUGGUGAAGGAUAUGAGGGACACGUGGAUGUUUCUGAGGAGGAGCUGCUUAAAGGAAACUGUUCCCUGGUGUUGAAGAACGUCAGUGUUACUGAUGAAGCUCUAUACAGCAGCUACAUUUUAACAAAUGACAAAAAGAACCCUAACUUUGUCCUGAGGGUGAAACUCUCAGUCAGUGAAUUAUCUGAAGAGAUGAAAGAUGAUCCAUCAGCUCCCUCAGGUGAAGCUGAUGGAAUGAACCCGCUGAUCAUCAUCACUGUUUGCAUCAUCUGUUUAGUUCUUUUCAUAUUUAUUGCAAUUUUCAUAUGGAGGAAAUAUCAGUGUAAUUUCACAAACUGCAGAGACUCCAGUGAUCUCAGGAGCUCCAUCUCACAGAAUAAUAGAAAUGAGGAAGAUCUCAGUAUGUCUCCUUUAAAUCAACAAGCAAACAGAGAGAUGCAGCAGAACAUUUCUGAUUGAUGCUCAUAUGAAGCUGUGAUGCUGAAACACCACAAUAUCUGCACUUGAGAAAGUCUCCGUAUUUACCAAGAGAAGUUCAUAACUUGCAGCUACUAGCAGGUGCUUUAUUUUAUAUAUACAUUUACCGCAUUUAGCAGAUGCCUGUAUCCAGAGCCGUAUCCUGUCCCAUUGCCCCUCGUCACACUUUUAUAAUACAUUACAUUCUUGCUGAUAUCAUUAAUUAAUUUAUAUUUUUUUCCUUUUUUUGUGCAUAAUGAAGGCUACAUAAACACACCCAUACAUUACAGCAGUGAAGGGAAUUUUCAUCUCGUGGUUCUACAUAAAAACUAAAUACAGCGAGGAAACUGAUGGAAUCUAUUAGUUAAAUAAAACUACAU